AUGCUCAACGGAAGGAAGCUCUACGGCUUCUCAACGCAUCGCCAGCCUUGGUCCAAUGAGAUGGAAAGAGUCGCAGUGCUGGCUGAAAAGCACGCAAGAGGAGACGCGGCUCGCGCCGUUCGCAGUGUUCGCAAGGAGAGGGUUCGGGUGGAGAGGCGAGCAGCAGCACGGAAAGCAGCAGGCGAGGCAGCAGUGGAAGCUGCCACGAAGGCGCUGCAAGGGCUGGUGAUAGGAGGGCUGGUAGGUGAGGAGGGUGGGAGGGAAAGGCGGGCAGUUGAGGCAGGUGACGAACAACCAGUUGUUGCUGCAAGUGAUUAUGGUGCAGAUGGUUCUGCUGCAGGGAAAGCAGAUAGGGCGGCUGAAGAAGAAAGAGCGGCUGAAGAGAAAAGUGCAGCUGAAGCAGCAACAAGGGCGAUGCAGCGACCGGCGAUACGAGGAGGGGUGUGUGGUGCGACUGGUCAGGUUACUACCACAGGUCGAGGCGAUGAAGGUCGGAAGGAGAAAGGUCCGAGAAGCUUCCCGCAGACCAACGAUGAGAAUGAGAGGGAGGGGUGGGUGAGGAGCCGAGAGGGAGCCCCUGCGGCGGUCCUACUCCGUCCCCCAGACCCUGGCCUACCUGUUCCACCUCACGACCAGCUCGCAAACCCUCGCGGUGGCUUGGUGUUUCUUUACCCUUCACAUGCACGCUCUUCCGACUCGGGUAGCCGAUCUGGCUCCCAGUCAUGUUUUCACGGUUGCUACGGCCAUUGCCAAGGCACCUCUCUUUGCUCGAACCGCUCACCUGCUCUCAUUGCGCGAUACGGGCUUUUGCCUUCCGUGCUGCUCUCUGUCGCUCCGUUGCCUUCUGGCUUCUCUCCUCGCCUCCGGUAUAAACCCUUCCUCUCGUUUCUCUUACGAUCACCCCUCGCAACCAUGGCUACGGAGCAUAACCCCGACCACGUCAUGACGGAGGGUCAGAUCCCUGUCGGUGAUGACACCCUCGAUGAGCUUGGGGAAGAAUUCCUCGAGGACCUUGCUGACGGCGCUCUGCCUGUGCUCAAUGACGAGGUCGCACACUCCGCUCCUGCCAGUAGUCACCCGUCCCAGUCGGGCGAACCGGCGGCGAAAAAGCUCUGUGGUGAGGGGCAGUCCUCUGCUGCUGGCCCCUCUGGGGUCGCUUCUGCGUCCACCUCGGCUCCACCGUCGAUUCCUCGUGCGAGCUCUUCUGGUAGCUCCGAUGCCACGGCUCCUGCGCUUGGCCGCGCGAUUGGUCCCUCUGCGCCUCGUCCGGCACCUGUUUCUCGCUCCCGACCCGUGCACCCGGAACCUGAACCUGAGAAUGCUGCGGCUGGUGCGGCCUCUGGCCUUGCUCCUAAUGUUCGCUUUCGGAAUCUGCGUCGCCACCGCACGACGGUCGGAACAACCCUGCACGCACUGACGCGGAACACGCAGUCACUGGUCGACGUGAUCUUCCCUGAAUCGUCCGCUGAGGAGGUUCGUGCGGCGGUGCUCACGCGCAUCGCAUCUCUCAUCAACGGUCAGGCUUUUAACGGUGUAAUCCCCUCUUACGAAUCGGCCACUGGUGAGGCUUUGCAGCGUCCCCGCCGUACCUACUCGAGGCAUUCCUUUUUCUGGUUGGCUGCUCAGGAUGCAAGGAUUUUUCGUUCCCUGUUCCCGAUUACUGUUCGUCUGGCUAACAACCGUGCAAUGGAGGUGAAAGUGUUCUCUGAUCCCAACCUGGAGUUCACGAUGGCCCGUGCCAGGGGCGACACGCACAUGGUACUCCGAAACGUGCCGCUGGGGUACUCUCCUGAACGCCUGCGCAGCACUCUUCUGGCUGGCGUGACCGACGCUGGGCAGCCUUGGCUCUCGGACAUCCGCCUGUUUCAUCGCCUCAAAGACCCGUAUGACGAUUCCGCAUACUCCCAGCUGCUCGGUCUGCCUGUGGCAGCAGAAGGUGACGUCGGCUUCGAACGCAUCCCCGCGGUUCUCUGGCUUCCGGGCCAGGAGGAUCCGGUGCUCCUGAACAUCUCGUCCCACUCCUGCUCCGUGUGUUCCAGUAACCACCGAGUGAAUGACCACGCCUGUUUCGCACUCACCCGCCCGGCACGUCUCCCCAAUCGUCACGCCAUCUCGGUGUCUCAGCUGCAAUCUGUCAACGGACGGCUGAUUGGACAGCAGCCUGCCCCUGCAGCUUUCAAGAAGGACCCAGGCCUUCUUCUCAUCGGAGUGGACCUCGACAUGGACGUCUGGACGUGCUCUCUGUGCGAUUUCACCUGUGGCUUGGCGUUGGACAGCGCUAUGUACCACAUUGCUUCAGAGACGCACCGCAAGCGCCUGCAGGAAUCGGCGCAUCUUCCUGCUGUCAAAGAGAAAUAUGGAGCCUGGAGGGUCUCCACGCUGCUGCAGCAUCAGAACAUCAGUGCCUUCCUGCAGUAG